AUGGUUGUUUUUGAUUCCUUUCCUCCUUUACCUCCGAUUUCAGAAAUCAGAAAUUUAAUAAAAAAUGAUUCCUCACUUUUAAAACAAGAAAAUCCAGAAAAAUUUGACAUAAUACCAGAAAAUAAUGUUUUGAUCCGCAACGACGAUAGACAGUUUGAAGAACUAAGACCUAUUACCAUUCGUACUGGAGUUAUUGAAAAUGCAGAUGGAUCAGCCUAUUUUUCAAUUGGAGAUACAAAGGUUUUAUGUGGUAUUUAUGGCCCAAACCUAUGCAAACAAAAUCCAACUGAAGAUGGACUGUCUGUUUCAGUGGAAUAUACCAUUGGAAGUUUUUCUAGGGAUUCUGCUUUAGUUAAAAGCAAAUUAAAUACUGAUAACAUAGAAAUAAAAUCUGAUGAGAGGAUUAAAUCAAUUCUUCUUGAAAAAGUUAUAAGCUCAGUCAUAUGCCAUGAAAAAUACAAGAGAAGCAGUAUUGACUGCUACUUUUAUAUUAUAGACGAUGAUGGAUCAGCCUUUUCUGCAGCAAUCUCAGCUGCUUGCUUAUCUCUAUGUAAUGCAAAAAUUGAAAUUAUUGGACUUUUUUCAGCAACAAAUAUUAUUGCAGUAAAGUCAAAUUCUUUAUAUAAUGGAAGAGGAGAAAACCAUACUGAGGAUGAAUAUUCAAUGAUUCUUGAUCCAACAUAUAAUGAAAUUUCAUGCCUUGGGGCAGAUAACUACUCUACUUUGGAAAUAGGUCUUUGUACAAUUAGAAACCAAGUUGUAUAUUUGUCAGCGAAUGGAAACUUUUUUAACGACCCAAAAAGAAUUGAAGAAGGAUUUUCUCUUGCAGAAGCUUCCUGUAGUGCUAUUGUUGAUGAAAUUAAAGACCACUUAACUUCAGAAUUUAAUUCGAUUGAAAAUGACUCUUAA